AUGAAUUUAUGUAAGCCAAUGGUGGAGUUCCCACAAACUAGUGAUGUGUCCACCUAGUACAUGGAAGGAGAAAAACUGCGCAAAGGUCCAUGGAUUGAAGAGGAAGAUGAACGACUCACAUCCUAUGUAAAACUAAAGGGGAAUCGGAGGUGGGAUGCUUUAGCGAAAGAAUCAGGUCUAAGGAGGAGUGGUAGGAGUUGCAGGAUGAGGUGGUUGAACUAUCUCCGUCCAAAUCUUAAGCAUGAACAUAUCACUGUCGAAGAAGAGAAAAUAAUCCUUCAUCUUCAUGAACGUUGGGGCAACAAGUGGUCGAAGAUUGCUCGAAUGCUUCCAGGAAGAACCGAUAAUGAGAUCAAGAAUUACUGGAGGACAUAUUUAAAGAAGAAAGAACCAAUUCAAAAUGGAAACUUCCAAUGUACAUCAGACAAAGGCCAGCACAGUCUUUUCUUUCAGGAAGUUGAUAUGAGUGCUGAAAAACAGUACAACUUUAAUCAACACCAUGACUCUGUUUCAAAUUUAUGUGGAGCCAAGGAUACUUGCUCUGAUGAUCUUGGUUUAUCGGAAUUUGCAUUGACAAAUUCUCCGUACGAAACCAGGUUAUCAGAUUGGAUAUCCGAAUUAUUAAGCGAACAAAGUGGAAUAAACUAUAAUCAGGACUGUAAUACUGGAGAGUCAGAUUUGUGUCAUCUGACAUGGACUCCAGAUGACAGCAAUAGAUGGGAGUGUCCAAGUUUCCUCUGGGACAUGAACUAACAGACACUUAAUAUUUUGAAUUGCGGAUCGAAUGACCUCCGAGCAUCUAGAUUGUAAAUCGUGUUGCUGCAACGAGAAACACAACUUCUUCCUUCCAACUCCAGCAUGUCUACAUGAAACAAUUAUGGCGCAGCUGAUGGCCUUACAAGAAUGAAUGGGCCAGAGUAUUUGUCACUUCGAUCAC